UAGCCAGAGGUUGGCCGGUCGGGGUAGGGGCGACAGUAAUGGAUAAGUAGAAAUCAGCUGGGAGUUCGUAAUAAGCAGAGCCUAAAAGGGCGCCCUGAAAGGACUGAGAAAGCCCUUCUACUUGCAUGUCAAGCUUAACUUCCAGGAGAUUGUGGGCGGCCCUCCAAGCCACCAUGUCUGAGUCGGGGCACAGCCAGCCUGGGCUCUACGGGAUAGAGCGGCGCCGGCGGUGGAAGGAGCCCGGCUCUGGGGGCCCCCAGAAUCUCUCGGGGCCUGGCGGUCGGGAGAGAGACUACAUCGCACCGUGGGAAAGAGAAAGACGGGAUGGUAGCGAAGAGACCAGCACGGCAGUCAUGCAGAAAACUCCCAUCAUCCUCUCGAAACCUCCAGCGGAGCGGUCUAAGCAGCCGCCACCCCCAGCUGCCCCUGCCGCGCCUCCCACUCCAGCCCCUCUGGAGAAGCCCAUCGUCCUCAUGAAGCCGAGGGAGGAGGGGAAGGGCCCGGCAGCUGGGACAGGCGCUUCCACCCCCGAGGGCACGGCCCCGCCACCUCCUGCAGCCCCUGCACCACCCAAGGGCGAGAAGGAAGGACAGAGACCCACACAGCCCGUCUACCAGAUCCAGAACAGGGGCAUGGGCACGGCCGCGCCCACAGCCAUGGACCCCGUCGUGGGCCAGGCCAAACUGCUGCCCCCAGAGCGCAUGAAGCACAGCAUCAAGUUGGUGGAUGACCAGAUGAAUUGGUGCGACAGCGCCAUUGAGUACCUGCUGGAUCAGACUGACGUGUUGGUGGUUGGCGUCCUGGGCCUGCAGGGCACAGGCAAGUCCAUGGUGAUGUCGUUGUUGUCAGCCAACACUCCCGAGGAAGACCAGAGGGCGUAUGUUUUCCGGGCCCAGAGCGCUGAAAUGAAGGAACGAGGCGGCAACCAGACCAGCGGCAUCGACUUCUUCAUUACCCAGGAGCGGAUUGUUUUCCUGGACACACAGCCCAUCCUGAGCCCCUCCAUCUUGGACCAUCUCAUCAACAACGACCGAAAGCUGCCUCCCGAGUACAACCUCCCCCACACCUACGUGGAGAUGCAGUCCCUGCAGAUCGCUGCCUUCCUCUUCACGGUCUGCCAUGUGGUGAUUGUCGUGCAGGACUGGUUCACAGACCUCAGUCUGUACAGGUUCCUCCAGACAGCAGAGAUGGUGAAGCCCUCCACGCCGUCCCCCAGCCACGAGUCCAGCAGCUCUUCGGGCUCUGAUGAAGGCACCGAGUACUACCCGCACCUGGUCUUCCUGCAGAACAAAGCUCGCCGGGAGGACUUCUGUCCUCGGAAGCUGAGGCAGAUGCACCUGAUGAUUGACCAGCUCAUGGCACACUCCCACCUGCGUUACAAGGGCACUCUGUCCAUGUUACAGUGCAACAUCUUCCCGGGACUCCCGCCUGACUUCCUGGACUCUGAGGUCAACUUGUUCCUGGUGCCCUUCAUGGACAGCGAAGCAGAGAGCGAGAACCCCCCAAGAGCAGGGCCCGGUUCCAGCCCGCUGUUCUCCCUGCUGCCCGGGUAUCGUGGCCACCCCAGUUUCCAGUCCUUGGUGAGCAAGCUCCGGAGCCAGGUGAUGUCCAUGGCUCGGCCACAGCUGUCGCACACAAUCCUCACUGAGAAGAACUGGUUCCACUACGCUGCCCGGAUCUGGGAUGGGGUGAAAAAGUCCUCUGCCCUGGCGGAGUACAGCCGCCUGCUAGCCUGAGGCCGCGGGGAGAAAAGUCGUACAGGGAACCUCUUGGACCCGCAGUGGACAGCGAGGAAGCGCGCCUGUCCUUCCGCUCGGUGGGCAGAGAGUGGAGCAGGCCCGUGGACGAGGGAUCACGACUUCCCCGCCCAGAGACACAAGGUGUUUCAGGCCAGGCCCCCACCCUCAGCUGGGGGCUUGUUCAGGGGUGACUUCAGGAGAUCCCACCCCCAGCCUGGCAUGAGCAGCCGGUCCUAGACCCCCCCAGGGACAGGCAGUGGGAGCAGUCUGAACGGUCGCCAGGAAGCCCAGGCCACGCCCUGCCUUCCCACGUCAGGGACGGGAGCACCAGGCUGCCCUCCCUGACUCCAGGGCCUUUUCUGUAAGGUGAGGCAGGGGCUGCAGAGCUUUGUAUGGGGUGGAUGUGGUGGUUUAAAUAAACACGGUCAUAUAA